UCGCUUUCGAAUGGCCUGGCAGGCCGUCCUGGUGGGGACGGGUGUCCAUAGAUUGACCCCCUCGAUCGUUUAUUGUAAAUCGUAUCCGAAUGGACAGUGGUUUUAUGUAACUAUGCCUGGACUCUGGAUAAUCCUAACCUGCAAACUGGCAUAAUUGGUGGCUGUCACAUAGGUGCAGCCUUCAGCUGAUUCAGGAUAACGGGAAUUCGAGUUAUUUAUUUAAACAUUGGAAACCUUCAAUAAAUAAACGAACUAAUGCCCGAUAAGAUAAAGAGCGAAUAUUUGCCAGCAUUACGCUUGUUUUAUGGCAUUUUCCGUUCGAUUGUGCGACCGCAAUUUGGUGAAUACCCAGCGAGCGCAGUUUUAAGCCAGAAAUCGAUGUGAAUUGUUUGAGUGCGUUUGGCAAUUUUGCGGGAUUCCAAAAAAGGUAAACGCACGAUGAGAAUUGAUUGGGCCCAGCUGGCUGUACCGGAAAGAGCGUAAUUCUUCCACAGAACCAGAGAGAACCGGUCCCAAUUAGAACCCUGAACCCGUAGAACCGCCGCUUUCCAGCCGAAAUUAGUCGCCUUCCGCUCGACCGGACUUGGACCUGUUGGAUUUCCGCCGAUUUUGAAUAGAUGUCGGACACUGGGAAAAAGAAGCAAGACUGACCACGUAAAGAUUAAUCCAGUCUUCUAUAUGGUGAUCCAAGAGUUUCCAUCCAGCAGCAGCAGCAGCGGCGCGUCUAUCAUCCCCCCCAUGGCCGCUCUUCACUCCAAUGGGCCGAUGAUGGCCACCCAUGGCUCUGUCGCUAACUUCUACAAUGGGAAAACCGUCUUCAUUACGGGCGGCACCGGGUUUAUGGGCAAGGUGCUCCUAGAAAAGCUGCUCAGGAGUUGUCCGGGCGUGGCCCAAAUAUACCUGCUGAUCAGGCCGAAGAAGGGCCAGAAUGCUCAGGAGCGUCUCCAGCAGCUGUUGUGCUCACCG